CGUGUUGCACGCUCGAUCGCACAAGCUCAUAAAGAAUUUAACGCAUCAUCGAAUUUUGCAUACUGAAAAAUUCUUCACUUGGCCGAGAUUCCAGCACGUUGGUUAUAAACAUUCACAGUUUCCCUCUGUUUUUUAUACAAAAGUUUUUUUUAAAAGAGAAAAAUCAAUCCUGUACAUGAGAAAGCAAAUUGGAUUUUAUUAUGGCAGUUAGAUCAAAAACGAGAAAGUUAAUUAAGAUGAUUACCAAGAAUCUGUUUCUUGUCUUAUUCGUUCAGAUGUUAAGGUCAACAUAUUGUAAAGGUAUGCUUGAGUCGCAAGCAAGAGCAAUGCCGAUCCAAAUGGACAUGUCAUCGGAUGGCGACAUCACAAUUUGCACUGGGUUAAAACGAUACAUUGCUUGUCGCGAUGGUUCAGAUAUUGCCGUGUUAAGUGCAUUCUGGGGGAGGGUAUCAGACAAAAUAUGUCCUUCCGACGAUGGAGAUCCAGUCACUGAUUGUGAAGGAUCAGAUGAAACACUGCCUCUUGUCAAACAAUAUUGUGAAACUAAAAAUCAAUGUAAACUGGAAGCAAAACACAGCUUGCUACAAAAAAAUGGCAGUCAUCAUUGUCCUGGAGUCAACAAAUAUUUAAUUGUCAAUUACACAUGCAUUCCUGAGUCAAAGGGCGUUACAUUGUGCGAUUCAGCAGAAACGACACUUUCUUGUCAAUCAGGAUGGGUGAUGCAGAUGAAUGAUAUUUUCUGGGGAAGGAGGUCUAGCUCUAAGUACUGUGGUACUGAAGAAGGUAUGGAAUGUGAUUCUUCGGAAUCAGCUUCAACUUAUUUACGUAAACAAUGCGAUGGAAAACACAAAUGUUUAGUCAAAGCUGAUUCCUCUGUUUUGGACAACACACAUUCCCCAUGUGCAGGAAUGUUGAAAUAUCUAAUGUUGAACUACAUUUGUCGACCAGCUACAAAAUCUUCAAUUGAAGAGAAGGAAGACAAGGAUAAGGAUAGUGACGAUGAUGACAGCAAAAUAUUACAAGAUACCUCUUCUAAAGAAUUAAUGGGUUUACUGGAGAAACAUUUGAAUGAGAUUAAAACGCCUGAUGUUAAAGAUAUAAGAGAAUCACCCGCUCCAAAACCUGAAAUCGAGAAAAAAGUUGAAGCAAAGCAAUAUAACAAUCAGGCGAAAGCAGCAACCAAAACUACUGCAAAAAAGACACGCGCCACAGUUGGUCGAACUAACUCACCAUUUGUUGCAACUGAAGAAGACGAAAUAACCAACACACUGCUUAAUUCGCCAGCUUUUACUAGAAGUUUAAAGAAACAAGAAACGCCCAUCAUUGUAUCUAAGGUUACAAGAAAAUCAGAUACACAAUCUGAAUCAAAAGAUUCCCGAACCACUACACCAGAACAAGAAGCGUCGUCCAAAUCAUCAAACACUGCCAAAGAUACAGUGCCAAAAGCAAACGAUGCUGAAUCGUACGAGCUUACAGAGCCAAACACAGUGAGAUCAAUUUUAGCACGAGCAAAGGAAGUGUUGAAGACAUUGGAUAGCGACACAGCAGCCACGGAGGAAAUCAACAAACGUGGUGGGAUUGCUCACACGAAGAAGGAUGCCACACCUGAUGAUAAAUUCACCAACGAAACAGCCAAAGCAGUUAAACAAGUGGCGAAGCUUGCUGAAAGCUUAGUCAGUAACGCCGCAAGCAAAGCCAUCAAAGGAGAUAAACAAAAGAAAACAAAAAGUAGCGUUCAGAAACCAAGACCAGGAUCAAAAAAAUCUGGAUAUAGAGGACCAGGCUCAGCUGGUAUUGGAAAUACACCUUAAAAAGAACACUUGCACGAUUAUUGCAUGCACAUUAUAGAACAAUUGUACAUUUGGAAAUUUACCUUUCAAAAUGACGAAUCAUGGCAGAUGCUAAAAAUUGUACAAAAAUAUUUUGCAAAUGGAACACA